ACUACACCUCGAAAGCAUCGAAAACUGGGUUUGCUGACAUUAAAAAAAGGUUAAGUCUAUCCAAAACCAGGUGGAGUACAUUUGAAAUAUUUGAUGAAGCAUCACGUGGAAUAACUUCGAUUUAGAUUCCCAUCCCAUAGCCAUUCGAUACAAACAAUAAUAAAAAUAACUAAUCCCCCCAGUCAGUCUUCAUCCCGUUUCCACCUCCACAUUUUCUCUGAAUCAAAAAUGUCUGUAAAUCUACGAUCAUCAUCUUCUCCAUCACUAUCUCUUCUCAAAUCAAGAGAAUGUAGCAGACUCGUUUCAAUCCAACCAAAUCACAUCAAAUUUCAGAAUAAGAGAAGAACAUCAUUCCCUCAAAUCUGUGCUGCUGCUUCCACUGGGAAUUCCUCAUCCUCUAUUCAAACAGGUUCAAACAGUACUGAACUGGAUGCAGUAUCGAGCUUCAGUGAGAUCGUUCCAGAUACUGUCAUUUUUGAUGAUUUCCAAAGGUUUCCACCAACUGCUGCCACUGUUAGUUCUUCAUUGCUACUAGGUAUUUCUAGUCUCCCAGAUACCAUUUUCAGGAAUGCUAUUGAGGCUGCUCUUGCAGAUUCAGAGUGUUAUGCUGUAGAAAAUUCGGAAACUCGCCCUGCUUGUUUCCUUAACAAGGCUUUAGUGAAUGUUGGGUCUGAUUUGGCUAAGUUAGUCCCUGGUAAAGUUUCGACUGAAGUUGAUGCUCGUUUGGCUUAUGACACCCAUGGCAUUGUCAGGAAGGUGCAUGAACUGCUGAAGUUGUACAAUGAAGUGGAGAUCCCAGUUGAGCGUCUUCUCUUCAAAAUUCCUGCAACUUGGCAAGGAAUUGAGGCCUCUAGAUUGCUUGAAUCUGAAGGCAUACAGACACAUUUGACUUUCAUUUACAGCUUUUCUCAAGCAGCAGCUGCAGCUCAAGCUGGUGCAUCUGUUAUCCAGAUUUUUGUUGGUCGGCUUCGGGAUUGGGCUCGUAAUAAUUCUGGCGACCCUGAGAUUGAAGCUGCUAUCAAAAGAGGAGAAGAUCCUGGGUUGGCUUUGGUAACCAAAGCAUACAAUUAUAUCCACAAAUAUGGACAUAAGUCAAAGUUGAUGGCAGCAGCUGUUAGAAACAAACAGGAUUUGUUCAGCCUUCUGGGGGUUGAUUACAUUAUUGCCCCACUGAAGAUAUUGCGUUCACUCAAAGAAUCCUCUGCUUAUCCUGAUGAAAAAUAUGGAUUCGUGAGGAGGCUAUCCCCAGAUUUGGCCAGGGAAUACAAUUUCGAAGAAGAAGAGCUUGUGAAGUCGGACCAAUUGAAGUUCGCUUCAGCGAUGGGACCUGCUGCUGAGGAGCUGCUUGCAUCAGGCCUGGACGGAUACGUUAAUCAAACCAAACGUGUUGAGGAGUUGUUUGGUAAAAUCUGGCCUCCUCCAAAUGUCUAAUAAAGUGAAUAACUUGUUUUAGAAGCAGAGUUACUCUUCUUCCUUGAGAAAUAAAUGUUUGGAAUAGGAUGUAGUUUGUUACUUUGUUUACCAGUCAGAGAACUUUGUUUAGAACCGUUCCCUGUAGCCACUCCUCUACCGGUUCUCACUUAAACGGUUCCGGUCCGAGAUCCUGGCUCCAAGCCGAUUCUUUGGUACAGGUCGGUUCCUAUGCAACCUCACAUGUGAUUGCUAUGUCGAGUAAUUGGGUUCGUCCCAAACACCCAACGUUUGAAUGCAGCACUUAACUACUUUCUUUCACCGCA